AUGGCUUCCACCAUUAACGGAGGCAGCAACGGCAGUCCCAGCGAGGCGCGCCAGGGCCAUCCGCACCACCGCGCGCUUCCCCCGCAUCAGUGCCCGCACCCGGCGCCGCGGCCGUCGUACCCGCCGGACCCACGCGCGUUCGACUUCUCGUUCGCCCUUAACAACCCCGACUUCAGCGACCGCUGCCUCUCCCUCGAGAUUGCCGCGGAUGAGCUGGAUGACGAGCAUGAGCAGGAGGAGCAGGAGGAGCAGGAGGAGCAGGAAGAGAGAGGCCAUGUUUCUGAGCCAGGGAAAGGCGAGCACAAGCCCGAGCGCGAACGUGAGGGCAGAGAGGAAUUACGGAAGGGUGAAGAAGAGCGGCUGGGGGGUAACGGAAUGGCGUCUUCAGAUCUCGCUGCCGCAGCUGGCAUGGACGGCUCAGAUUCAAGCACGAUCGACGGCGUGAGUGAAGAAGCAGCAGCAGCCUCUGCUGCUGGCGCUGACAGAAACAAUGGAGGUGCCGCUGCAGCAUCUGAUUUCAGUGGCAACAGAAGCAGCAGCAGCAGCGGCGAGUGUGCAGAGCAGCGGGUGCAGGUGCCUUGUUCGUCGGCCCAAAAGGCCCGGCGGGUGCAGGUGCACGUGAUAUCAGCCGUCCUCGUGUCUCAGUCCGACUUCUUCAAAUCGCUCUUCUCACCACAUCCGACUUCUUCAAAUCGCUCUUCUCACCGCAAUGGCGCCGCGUCCCCUGCUCCUCCUCCUCCUCCUCCUCCUCCUCCUCCUCCUCCUCCUCCUCCUCCUCCUCCUCCUCCUCCUCCUCCUCCUCCUCAUCCGCACUCUUCAAACUCCUCAGCUUCUUCCUUUGAGCCUGAGCGUGUAAAGCCGCCUCCAGUCACCAUCCGAUUCGCACCCGAAGAGGAGCGUCCCUUCAUGCAUCUGCUGCACUACCUCUACACGGGCCGCCUGGGCUCCGAUGAUCCCGAGGCCGUGUUGCACCUGCUGCUGCUGGCCAACAAGUUCUCCGUGCUGUCAUGCGUGGAUGUGUGCGCGCACCACCUGAGGGAGGUGCCUCUGACGCUUGACAUUGCCUGCACACUCCUCCGGGUCUGCGCCAAUGUUGCUCUCUCUGACGCUGCCUCCUUCCUCCUCGCUUCCUCCUCAGCCUUCCUGGUGCAGCACUUCACCUCCCUCGACGCCACCUGGCAGACGCCCGACUUCCUCUCCCUGCCUCUCGAGGCGUUGCAAGCCCUGCUGGGGAGCGACGACGUGGGAGUGCAGUCAGAGGAGACGGUUCUUGAGGCCUGUCUGCACUGGGUGCGGCACCACUGGCCUGAUGAUCUUAUGAGACGCAAGGAGAUGCUUGGAAGGCUAGCAGGCAGCAUUCGCUUCCCAGCAAUGGCAACAUCAGCUCUGCACGCGCUCAUCACCACCACACCUGAAGCCGACACCCCCACCCUCCACGCCCUCAUCACAGAGGCCCUCUGGUUCAAAUGCUCCUCGUUUGAACGCCAGCAGCAACUCAUUCAAGACUCGCUACAUCCACCACAACAUCACCAGCAGCAGCUUACUCUAAACUCGCUCCAACCACAUCAACAGCAGCAGCAGCAGCAGCAGCAGCACAGGCGUUACCAGCGCCGUCGCCAGCUGUCCGUGUGUAGCGAGGUGCUGCUGCAAGAUUGCUACAUGCUACAGCCGGGCCAAGCAAUUCUUCUAGCAGGAGGGGCAUGGUUGCACGGCAAGCUCUUUUCGCUCAAGGUUAUGCGGGUGGCGGCACCUGUUGGAGGGUCGGACUUCGGCCUCUUCCUCCAAGCGUCCCAGCGAAGCCCCACGCAUGACAGGGUGUUGGACGACAGUGUCACCAUCGAGUUCACCUUCCUUGUGAAAGAGCACCCCUCAGGCCAAUUCGUGCAGCAGAAGCAGACCGCAUCCCACACCUUCAAAGGGCUGUUUAGAGAGCGCGGUUACCGUAGCCUGCUGAACCCCUGGAGCGAUGUGGUGAGGGACAACGGCAGGUAUUUUCGCAACGGAGUGAUGCACCUCAGGGCGGAUCUGAGGGUGCUGCAGCUGGGGGAGGGGCUGGCACCCUUUGACUGA